AUGUGUGGUUAUUUUCACUUGUAUCAUACGGGCACACCUAAACAUGAUUAUUACGAUUGUUUAUAUUCAACAAUGGAACUGAUGAGGGACGGUCGAUCAAUUGUACCGUAUUGUAGACGACCUCUACCCACAUUAUCAUUACCUAUGAACGUUAGUACAUGUUAUGGAAAAGAAUUGACGUUUGGGCAAUUAAAACUCUUAAAUAUAACUGUCUACGAUUUAUUUGAAUGGAAUACACCAUUGGAUACAAUGACAAAGUAUCAAAAUUAUUUAACAGGAAUGUCGGGAAAAAACGAAAUAUUUUGUAAUUGUAGUAUCAAUUUGAAUUCUUUUGGGUCAUUCUGUGAAUACACAUUUAAUUUUCAUCAACCAUCAUUUGAAUUACUGAUUGCCCUUAUGUUUGUUAAACAAUCUUUGGAUCUGAAAUUAAAUGUCAGAUUAUAUAAAGAUUACUCGCUUGAUAAUAUAACUUGUUAUAUGGGUUUAAAAUGUGGUACUUUUCUAUGUUUGGACUGGAGACACAUAUGUAAUGGUUUAAAAGACUGUCCAAACGGUGAAGAUGAAAUCAAUUGCUUAGAAUUGGAAUUAAACGAAUGUGAUCCUGAACAAGAAUAUCGUUGUCGAUCUGGUAUGUGUAUUGAUAAAGUAUUUGCGUUCGAUUUAAUGACGAACGAUUGUUCAGAUGAAAGCGAUGAAACGUUUUCCUCACAACCAGAAUCAUGUAUAUCCAAACAUUCUAUUUUAUGUGAUGAACGUAAUUGUGCUUGGUUAAAGUUUCCUUGUGAUGAUGGCGAGUGUGAUAUUAGUCCACUAGGAUUUGGAUGUUCUAGUAAACGUACUACAAUAUUUGCUGCAUUGGCUUAUCAAUUACCGUUUGAUGCAGAUCUAUGUUCGAAAUAUAUUCUCUGUGAAGUUCAAGUUUCCCUUUUGUAUAACAAAACACAGUGCUUAAUACUUUGUCCACCGAAGGGCAGUUGUUAUCCGUUUCUGGAUCAGGUUUGUAGUACAUAUUAUUUUUUGCCAACGAAUUCAUUUCUAUAUCCAUCUGUUCGCUUUUUACAUUUAACUCAAAGUUACAGCUCAAUACCAGACUAUAUAUGCUAUGAUUAUGUAUUAUGUCAAUCAUUUCCACCAACAGUACUAAUUGAUGAUAAAUAUAGUUGUAGACAUUUAACAGAAUUCAAUUUUACUUUUGAUGCACAAGAUGAUUUAGUUCUUUUAUACCGUGAACUAAUACUUAUUCUUUCAUUCUGUUCAUCGUUCAUUUCUUCUAAUUGUUCAUCAGAAUUGUUAUUUCAUUGUCCAAUAUCAAAUAAAUGUAUAUCAAAAUACCGUGUCAAGGACGGCUAUAGCGAUUGUCAUAUGGUGUUAGAUGAAUUGUAUGUUGAUAUGUGCUCAUUGAAUUUAACACGACAGCAUUUCAAAUGCAGAGAUCAACAAACAAAUGAAAGUGCUUGUGUGAAUCUUCGUCAACAAUAUAUAUCACAUGAUAACAAAAUGUGUGAAAGUACGAUUGCCGAAUUAUCAGCAGGAUGUGAAACAUCGGCAGACUCAUUGGGUUGUCGAUUUCUUCGUAAUCACGAUCG